AUGUGUAAGCCAGAGAGCAAUAGCAACAAGUGGCAAGAUUUGGGUUGGAUGGGUUUGAAUUUGAAGGUUCAUAAGGAGAGAGUUGGUUCUGGUUCUGGUUCGGGUUCGGGUUCGGGUUCAGGAAGGGGUAGAGUGAAACUAUGGAUGAUUCGUGCAACUUCAUCGGUGAUAUUGUGGACUUGCAUAGUUCAAUUAACAGCUAUAGGUGAUUUAUGGGGUCCUAGAGUUCUUAAAGGUUGGCCUUCGUGUUUCACCCAUGAAUCUGCUUCGAAUUCCAGAGCUAUGGAUAUUCAGUUUCCUUCUUCACGUCCACCACUUCUACCUCCAAAGAGAGUUUAUAAAAAUAAUGGAUACUUGAUGGUUUCAUGCAAUGGAGGACUGAACCAAAUGAGAGCAGCGAUUUGUGAUAUGGUUGCCAUUGCUAGACAUUUAAAUGUCACACUUAUAGUUCCCGAGCUUGAUAAAACAUCCUUUUGGGCUGAUCCUAGUGAGUUCCAGGACAUAUUUGACGUGGAUCAUUUUAUCACAUCCUUGAGAGAUGAGGUUCGGAUAUUGAAGGAGUUGCCUACUAGACUCAAGCUGAAAGUGGAACACGGUUUCCUUUAUAGUAUGCCACCCAUUAGUUGGUCUGACAUAUCUUACUAUAAGAACCAGAUUCUACCCUUGAUACAAAAGUACAAAGUUGUCCAUUUAAAUAGAACGGAUGCUCGGCUGGCCAAUAACGGUCAACCUCUUGAGAUUCAGAAGCUGCGUUGCAGAGUUAAUUUUAGUGCUCUUAAAUUUACUCCUCAGAUAGAGGAGUUGGGGAGAAAGGUGAUCAGUCUUCUAAGAAAAAAUGGUCCAUUUCUGGUUCUUCAUCUGAGGUAUGAGAUGGACAUGCUAGCAUUUUCUGGCUGUACUCAAGGCUGUAACAAUGAUGAGGUGGAAGAGUUGACAAGAAUGAGAUAUGCCUAUCCUUGGUGGAAAGAGAAAAUAAUUAAUUCUGAUUUGAAAAGAAGAGAUGGUUUAUGCCCUCUAACACCUGAGGAGACUGCCCUUACACUAAGGGCUCUUGACAUUGAUCGGAACAUUCAAAUCUACAUUGCAGCCGGUGAAAUAUAUGGUGGAGAAAGGAGAACGACAAGUCUUUCAAAGGAGUACCCAAAAUUGGUCAGGAAGGAAACACUGUUGGAGCCAUCCGACCUCCGUUUCUUCCAAAAUCAUUCAUCUCAGAUGGCAGCAUUGGAUUAUCUUGUCUCGUUAGAGAGUGAUAUUUUUGUUCCCACAUAUGAUGGAAAUAUGGCCAAAGUAGUUGCGGGCCAUCGCAGAUAUCUUGGGUUCAAGAAGACAAUUUUAUUGAACCGAAAGCUCUUAGUUGAUUUAAUCGAUCAGUACAACAAUGGAAUACUGAACUGGGACCGAUUUUCUUCAGCCGUGAAGGAAUCUCAUGCCCAUCGCAUGGGUAACCCUAGUAAAAGGUUGGUAAUCCAUGAUAAGCCCAAAGAAGAGGAUUAUUUCUAUUCCAACCCGGAGGAAUGUUUAGAACCAUCAAAUGAUCUGUUGAGUCGCACGUGA